AUGACUGGUCUGUUAGUUGCAGAGAAAGUGAACUUUUCAAGAACAUCAACAGCUAAUUCUACAAAACGACCCAUAGGUACACUUCAUGAUCAGCAUCUGUUUCGCGAUCUUCUGCUGUUAGUAUUUGAUUCAAAUACUGCAGUUCAAAUACUACGUGGUAGAACUUACGGACAAUUUAAAAGCUCUAAUUAUCCAUUGCCAUACGAGAACCAUUCAGAAAAGGAAUGGAGAAUUAGAGUGAGAGAAGGAUUCAAAAUUAGAUUGCGAUUCACUACGUUUAAUUUGAAAGAACUUCAAAAUGAUGGCGAGCGUGAUUGUACCUACAAUUUUGUUGAGAUUACAGAACGUAACAACAAUGUUGGUCGAUUUUGUGGCAAUUUAUUAUUACAAACUAUGAAGGCACCCAAACCAAGCCAGUGGUUUCAUACUGUUGGUAACACAGUGAAUGUGAAGUUUGUUUCCAACUUUUCAAACGACGGAAUAUCUCCAACUGGUUUUCAUGCCCAUUAUGUUGAAGAAGAUAUUGACGAAUGUGAUACGUUACAAAAGAAAAAAUUUAACAACUUGGAAAGGUCGGACAAAUUGACUUGCGACCACUUCUGCAAUAACGUACCGGGAAGUUAUUACUGUAGUUGCAGAACGGGGUUUUUCUUGCACAAAAAUAACCAUACAUGCAUAGCUACCUUCUGUGAAAAUCAAGUUUUAACAGCAGAUGAAGGAGUGAUAGAAAGUCCCGAAUACCCUCAACCAUAUGCAAAACUAAGCAAUUGUACAUGGGAUAUUCGCGUACAAGAUGGGUUGAGUGUUCGAAUAAAGUUUGAUACACGAUUCGACAUAGAAGAACACAUUGAGCAAGGCUGUACGAAUGAUAUUCUGAUACUAACAUACAAUGACAGAGAAGACUCUUAUUGUGGAACUACUGCACCUGACCAAGGUGCAGCGAAAGAUAUGAAUACAAACAACGUGCGAAUCAAAUUCACAAGCGAUAUCUCGGAGGGAAAAAUGGGUUUCAAAUUCACUUACGACACGUCAAGAAUUAGAUGUCUCAAAACCCUAGGAGUCCCAUCCAAUGGUCAGAUUUUACGGGACUUCUCCAAGGGGUAUCACGAAUUUGAGGAUGUUGUUGACUUUAUUUGCAACAGAGGUUACGAUCUGAUUGGAGAAAAAAAACUUCAAUGUCACAGCAAUGGAACAUGGAAUCAUGAACAACCAGUCUGCAGAAUUAAAUGAUGUGGUGCGCCAGAACAUCUUAAGAGCGUCGACUUCAGUUAUAUUGUCGACUUGGGAAAGAAGCAAUUCACUUAUCUUGAAGAAAUAACAGUAAAAUGCAUAGCCUGGUAUGAAAUGGUACGCGGUGCGUCGAAAUGGAUUUGUGGGGAAAGCGGUGAAUGGAAAAAAAUUGAUGACACUGUAAUCAGGUCCAAUCCAGACGAAGCAUAUCUACCCAGAUGUCGACCAAGAUGCGGCGAGCGAUUGGUGAAAGACCCUGCAACUGAACCGUUAAUUUCUGGAGGUAAACUUGUAGCAAAAAUAGGAGGUUGGCCGUGGAUGGUAUUUAUCGAUUUCAAGGAUGACCGGCAUUAGAGCAAGUGCAACAUGAUCCAAUCGACGUUUGGCUUGGACUACAAGACCGUUAUAACGACAAUUUUAACUUUACUCAGGUAUGUGAUUACGUGAAUACCAGAGUUUAUUGAAUUAGAUUUUUGAAUAAUAUAUAAUGUUGGGCUACUCUACUGUUUGACAAAGGGUACAUAGACUACACGCUUGUGUUUUUGAUGGGAUGUAUUUACAGAUUAUUAGUCUGUAUAAUUAGAUUUCCAAAGGCGAUCCAUUUUUAAAUCACUUCCGAUUGUAGUUUUUGAAUUUCCCCAUUUUUUGAUUUAUUGGGAAUUUAAUUUGAUUACAUCGACGACCUUGAAUGAAUGAAUGAAUACCGCUAUAAAAAGUUGUUACCGUAUUUCUAUUAUUUCUUUCCAUGAGCUCAUGUAACACAUAUUUCAAUUCCAUUUCAUACUGAUAUUUUUGGUUUUGUACAAUAGAAGUUACAAGCCGUACCUAACAAAAGAAGCUUGGCAGCUGAAUAUGGUUUUUCAUCCACUCAUGACGGUGAUAUUGCUGUACUUAAAUUAAACAAACCGGCAAAAUUGUCAUAUUAUGUUCAUCCAAUAUGCAUCCCUCGAUCUCCAAGUGAAAAGCAACCACAACAGCAAUAUUAUCGAGAUUAUAAAAACGCUAUUGUAAUUGGAUGGGGAAAAACAGAAUCAGAAAAUUAUUCACAACACCUGCUCAAAACAAGAGUGGGUAUAAAGAAUCAUGAUGUAUGCGUUCAAAGAUAUAGAGAUGUUGGAAUAAUUACUGAGAAUAUGAUAUGUGCAGGAUUUGAUCAUUCUGCAAACGAUGCAUGCAAAGGUGAUGCAGGAGGCCC